AUGUCACAAAUUAAAGGCUUCGAUAGUUGGAUCGACAAGCUGAAAAUUGAUCCGUCUCGCAUACGUUCUCUGCAGUCUUCUGCUCAUCAUGUCGCUCACGAACACAAUGACGGUCUUCAAGUUGGCUGGUCUUGGCUUUUCGCUGCUUUCGCUGUUGCAUCUCAGGCUGCGGGUGUUCGCGCCGUAGACCAACGGAGACGUCCUCACUUAGGACUACAAAGGCGAAAGUUGCUUACUCGAAUGAACUCUUCGGAAUGGGUGUCGUUUGCAGCGACCUACCUAUUCCAGCAUCGAUUACUUACUGUGGACGGAUGCCAGUGGGAAGGCCCUGUCGUUCUCCAUCUUUUCAACCAUAUGAUCAUCCCAGCGGACCCAGCCACUUAUUUGCUGGCCUACUACCGCACAACUGUUUGA